AACGAAUCGACGAUUAACAAUUUCCUGAAAGGAGGUGCUGCUUAUCACUCCCAAAAAAGCUCCACUGCCCACCGGAGGACAGGACACUGUGGAGCUGCACGCAUACAAUGGAUUAAAACUCCCAGAGAGAGAGAGAGAGAGAGAUAGAGAGAGAGAGAGAGAGAGAGAGAGAGAUCAACGCUAUCAGCUGUGAAACCCUCCGCGAUCAACAAGUGACUUUCUUUGAGUCUCUCUGGACGACCAGCUCUCACCAGAUCACCAGGUAUGAUUCAGAGGAAGGAGGUCGUGUUGUCGGUUCUGGCGGAUCUCCAGGACGCCACGGAGAGCUCCGGCCUGGACGCCCUGACCAGAGUGGCCCUGGAGGUGGACCAGGUCCUCGCUCCCUUCCAGCUCCCAGAGUCCCCCUGUCAGGAUUUCCCUGAGUGGGCAGGCGUGGACGACACUGCUCAUGGCCUUUACCCGCCUGAUGCGCCCAUGGGCCUCCUUCCUCUAAACUGCAAUGGAGAGGGCAACCUCCUGUUUGAUGCAGUUAGCAUGCUGUUAGUGGGCAACACUGGACUGAGCUUGGAGCUACAGGUACGGACUGUAGUGGAGAUGGUGCUGUGGAAGAGAUACUAUCUGUCUGGGAUGAUCGAUUCAAAGAUGAUGCUUCAGGCCGUUCGCUUCAGCCUCUGUGCUGAAGAGUCUGAGGACAUGAUAAACCUGCCUGCAACGGUCUUGGAGGCCAUCUUUGACGCGGAUGUCAAAGCGUCCUGCUUCCCCGGCUCCUACGCCAACAUGUGGCACGUGUACGCGCUCUCAUCGGUCCUACAGUUCAACAUCUACUCCAUCUACCCCAUGUUCAACCUCAAGAUCAGACCGUAUUUCAACCGCAUCAUACGUCCAAGGACUUUGCCAAAAGACUGUGAGACCCUGGCCCUCCACAUCAUGUGGUCUGGCGAGCUGCAGUCCGGGUCAUCGUUCAGGCCCAACCACUUUGUGGCACUUGUCCAGACAAGUGACCUCACGAUUGGAAGCCCUGACAGGGAGCAGAGGGCGUCUCCGACCAAGAGCGAGGAGCUGCAGAACCAGGACUCGCAGCUUUCUUACCCGGGUCUGAAGGACAAGUACAACAUCACCAAGAGGACCUUCUACCGCUGGAAGAGGCAGACGCAGGAGCACUGCAAAAAGUCAGCAGCCAGGUACGAGGCAAAGUACUUCCUGCAGGCCUGCUACCUGGAAGGCAAGCUCAUCCCUCUGCACCAGUUUAAAGAGUUCUUCCCUGAGAUCUCAAGGUCGUCGUACUACAACUGGAAGCACGAGCUCCUGAAAACCGGCGGUAACUUCUCCACCUCGUCGUCGGCCGGAGAGAUAAGUCCCGGAGAGAGCACGGAACAGGAGGUCUGGUCCUCACCUGAAGCUAAGCAGGACGAGCCGGACCACCACGACAGCGUGGUCAGCAUGUUUGGCCUCGGCAAGUUGGAUCUGGAGCGGGCCCAGAAUGUAGCUCACAUGCAGGAAGCCAAGCGCUGUCUGCAAAAUUGCAUCGCCAUGAACACCUCCCUCCCCUUCAGGAUCUUCAAAAGAAAUUUCCCAGGGAUCUCCAGGUCGACCUACUACAACUGGAGGAGGGAGGCCAUGCUGUUCAACGGCGGUUACAAAGGCAGUGCUGGCAGCAGCGAGGACAGCUCAGAUGCUGACAAGAGCCAAAGUCCAAAAAGUCUGUCGCCAGGUUUGCCUAACGCCAUCCAGCCUCUCGUGCCCAGAAUGAGAAUCUGCAGGCGAAAACACAAAAUCUUCAGACUGGCGUACAUGAGUAAAAAACAGCUCCGAGAUGCUGCAAAGCUGCACGUCCAGAAGUCCAAAUGGUCCCUGACGAAGUUCAAGCUCAAGUUCCCCUCCAUGUCCCCUUGCUUUUACUGGCUUUGGCGUAGCAGUCAGAACCGCAAGAAGAAGAUUGUCAGUCAGAACGCAGGGAUCGACCUCCCGGAGAGUCUGGAGAUCGCUGCUACAGAAGACGAGAUGAUGCAGAGGAGGACGGAUAGCCAACAUGUGCUCCCAUUUGUUGAGAGUCCUAAAUAUCUAGAAACCUCCCCCUUCGACGCCCCACAUUCAAAGCACACCCUUCACGGCACGGCACCCAUGACGGAGCAGAUGUUUGCGAUGGAUGUUGUGGCUCUGGCCAACUUCAAGGCCAAGGCCAAGCUGUUCCUGCAGCAACGCUUUGAGGAGAAAUCCUUCCCCACGUUCAAAGAGUUCAGGUCCUACUUCCCUUUCACCCCGCGCUCGACGUACUACAUGUGGAAGCGAGCUUUGCAUCAUGGGGUGUCACUAGUUCAUGGGUAAAUGUAUAAAAGCUUUUAUGUAGUGGAAAACAUGGAUGUCAGGAGCAACCUGAAUGCUUUGUUGAGAACUUCUCGGCCACAAAAACCCUCAUGCGUCUCUCAGACUGUGCAUUUAACUGUAAACACACUACCUACACACAGCAGUCGUCAUGUUUUCAUCUUCUAAGAGACUGUUAAGUGCACUGGUUUAGCAUCUAAAUGCAUUUUGUGCCUUCCUCUGCCCCACCACCUCGGCUCAUUCCUCCCUCCUGGACAUUUGCACAUGUGUGAAAAGAAACCAAGUCGUGGGUCAGUUUAAACCCUGCAUGUUGCCCUCCAGGCAAAGGGCAGUUCAAAGCUGUUGUUCAAUGGCAAUCAGUGAAGCCGUUUCUCCUCCGUUCUCUUUUAAUCCUUGCUAAGCAUUGUAUUCUGCGUCCUUUUUUUCGGUUUUCAUUGUUUUAUUGUUAAUGCUUAAAUGUGUGAUUUAUUUUUAUUUUUUUUGUCGAUAUUUGUGAUAUUGA